AUGUUCACUCUUGAGCCUACUUUAGACAUUUCCUCCGACUCGGAGUCGUUGCUUCGCAGUCAUACAAAAGAGGCCAUUGUCGUUACCGAGACAUCCUACUUGAAUGAUGAUAUACAAGAAACCUCUGGGCCCUCUAGUGAUGUCACUAUCGAAGACAAUACAGUAUGCAUUGUUGGCAUGGCUUGCCAUCUCCCUGGCGGAAUCACCUCACCAUCGGGGCUUUGGGACUACGUUUAUAACAAGAAAUCUGCUCAAUGUACUGUGCCGCUGGACCGGUACAACAUUGAAGGUUUCUAUCACAAAGAUGGCAGCAGAGCUGGAGCCAUGAGCGUUGACGGUGGGUAUUUUAUCCAGGAAGAUGUCCGCAAGUUUGACCCUUCAUUCUUUGGCAUCAACAAUCUUGAGGCUUCUUACAUGGAUCCCCAACAGCGAAAGCUGCUUGAAGUGGUCUAUGAAUGCUUUGAGAACGCUGGUCUGUCUAUGGAAGAUGUCUCUGGCUCCAACACGGCAGUGUUUGUCGGCAACUUUACGGUGGAUUAUUCGGUCAUGCAAUCUCGGGAUACAGAUUAUGUUCAUCGACUAGCGGCUACGGGCGGUGGUACAUCCAUCAUGUCGAACCGUAUUAGCCAUGUGUUUAAUCUCCAUGGCCCAAGCUUCACUCUUGAUACCGCUUGCUCAUCCACCAUCUACGCUCUCCACCAAGCCGUGACUGCCAUCAAGAAUGGCGAUUGCGACGCUGCCAUUGUUGCAGGCGCUAAUCUGAUUACAUCUCCCGAACAACAUUUUGGAACAGCAAAGGGCGGCUUUCUUUCGCCAACUUCGGCCUGUCACACAUUUGACACCUCGGCAGAUGGUUAUGCUCGAGCAGAGGCGCUCAAUGCCAUCUACAUCACGAGGCUUUCGUCUGCGAUGAAGAACGACCGCAAAGUACAUGCAGUCAUUCGAGGAACGGCAAUUAACGCAAAUGGUAAGACUCCUGGUAUUACUCUCCCAGACGCCAAAAUGCAGGCAGCGGUUAUUAGAAAGGCAUACCAGAAUGCCGGUCUUUCAUUCUCUGAUACGGAUUAUGUCGAGUGUCAUGGCACCGGUACUCCAGUCGGUGACCCUAUAGAAGUGGAAGGUAUCGCGGCCUGUUUCGCGGGCCGCGAGGGUGAGCCAUUGAGAAUCGGAUCGGUGAAAACAAACAUGGGCCAUAGCGAAGCUGCCAGUGGGCUGACAUCCAUCAUCAAAGUUGCUCUUGCUUUUGAGCAUGGCGUGAUUCCACCUACCUACGGUGUAAAGAACUUGAACCCCAAGUUGAAAUUAAAGGAGCGUAACAUGAAGGUAUUGACAGAAGUUGAGGCAUGGCCCAGGGCACUUCGGCGUGCUAGUGUCAACUCCUUCGGCUACGGCGGUGCGAACGGCCAUGUUAUCCUCGAGUCCAUUGACAGCUACUUUGUUGGUUCAUUGGCCUCCUCUCCCAUCACUAGAACACUGUCGAAUCCCUUUGAAUGGGAUAAGGACCAGGUUUUCGUACUCCCAUUUUCCGCCUCGUCAACCAAGUCGCUAGAAGCCCGCCGCAAACAGGCUGUUGAGGCGAUGGAAAAGUCUGAAGUAAACGCUUUGAAGCCGCUCGCUGCAGUUAUAAGCAAACGACAUACCAAGAUGCGACUCAGAGACUAUGUACUUGCCUCCGCCAACCCCAGCUCUCAGCCAACGCUGAUCGAGAUGGCUGAUGUCGGUGACAAGGCAAGCCCAGGCACACAGUCUUUGCCAAUUGCCUUUGUCUUCACCGGCCAGGGUGCACAGUAUGCUAACAUGGCCAAAGAACUCGUUGGGCAAGAUUUUAGCUUCCUAGCCAGCAUUCGGGAUCUCGACGAGGUUUUGCAGUCGCUGCCCUCUGAAUACAAGCCAUCUUGGACUUUGGAGCAAACGAUUCUCGAUAAGCCUGCUACAAGCAAGAUCAACGAUGUUACUCGUAGCCAGCCAAUUUGUACUGCUAUCCAAAUUGCUCUUGUCAAUACACUUCGGAGCUGGGGAGUUUGCCCAUCGGCUGUUAUUGGCCACUCUUCUGGAGAGAUUGCUGCAGCAUACGCAACCGGCCUGCUGACUGCGUCUGAAGCCAUCCUGGCAGCCUAUUUCCGAGGCUUUGCUGUGGGCCAUCUACAAUCUCGCGGCACCAUGAUGGCAGCGGGAAUCACUUCAGAUGGUGCCAACGCCUUGAUUGAGCAACUUGGACUGAAGGAAGUGCGUGUUGCGUGUGUAAACGCUCCUGAGAGUGUUACUCUAAGUGGCGCUACCAAGGACAUUGAUGCUUUGCAAGCUAAACUUCAAAAGGAGGGCAAGUUUGUUCGCAAGCUUGAAACUGGUGGCCGAGCUUACCACUCACACAUGAUGGCUGAGAUUGGUGAUUUAUACGAGUCACUGGUUACUCCUUACUUUACCAGCAAGGCGGUCGCCGAAACGGAAGCUAAGAUGUUCUCAACUGUUGGACAUUCAGCUGAUGCCCUUGGCACCAUUGACCUUUCUACAAACAUGGCGUCGUAUUUCCGGAAGAACCUUGAGCAGCCAGUUCAAUUCAGCGCGGGCUUAGCCAACAUGAUCACCAGUAACAAAUAUCACUUGAUCGAAAUGGGCCCCCAUUCGGCUCUCAAAGGCCCUAUUCAACAGAUCCGCACCAGUGUAAAGCACGACAAAGAUACCAUUCCCUACUCUCCCACGCUUGUCAGAAAGGAAAAUUCUUACGUCUGCCUGAAGAAGCUCGCUGGUACUCUCUUCUCCUAUGGCCACAGCUUGGAUUGGUACGCCAUCAACAAUGUCCCGCGGUAUCGUGCGCUGCCUACUCCACCCCUUGCCUCUUAUCCUUGGGAUUACUCCAAGCCCCUGCCAUGGCAUGAGCCUCGUGCCAGCGUUGAGCACCGUCUUCGAAAGCAUGUGCGUCACGAACUCCUUGGGACUCGGGCCACUGCUGGCAACGGCAUUGAGUGGUGCUGGCGCAACAUCCCUCGUAUGUCGGAGAUGCCAUGGCUACGCGAUCACAAGCUCGGCGAGUCGCAGGUUGUCUUGCCAGGCGCAGCAUACAUGGCGAUGGCUAUAGAAGCCCUCUCGCAAGCUCAAGAUAUCAAAGUCCAGCUAAUCGCUGGAGAGCCAUUUUCCUUCGAGUUUGAGAAUGUGAAUAUUAGCGCGGCGUUUGUUGUGCCUGAUGAGAGCGAUACUAAGGCGGACAAUACCGAGCUGCAUACUGUUCUCUCUCCUCGCAAAAUCUCUACCGCAAACACAUCAGGCAAUUGGUAUGAGUUUUCCAUCUCUUCUUGGGUAUCCGGCGUUGCCACACUGCACUGCAUGGGUAGCAUUCGAGUGGUUGAGUCGACUAUGAAACCCACGGACGGAUCAGUCAUGAUUUCGGGCAAUGGUCACGAAGUUUGGGGUAUGAGCCGAUGGUAUAACAAGGCAAGGGAAGAGGGACUCAAUUUUGGGCCGACGUUCCAGUCAUUGACCAGUCUACACACUGACGGCAACCGAAUCUCAACGGAUUCUAUCGCAACUACACAUCUGCAGCCGCCUUCUCCAGCCGCCACUGGCAUGUUUUAUGCUAUACAUCCUAUUACCAUCGAUGCUUGCUUCCAGGCAGCCAUCAUGGGCGGUACUGCUGGUAACAUCAACACACUACGAGCCUAUGUUCCGGUCUUUAUUUCAAAGUGUUUGAUUCGGAUUCCACAGGGCGGUCCCGCUAGCCUAGGUGAUGAAGAAGUCAGAAUUCACUCACGCAUGGAAAAGACUGGGUUUUCGACUCGGGCUGUCGCUUUCACUCUCAGGUUGCCAGAUGGUACACCAGUCAUCGAUAUGCCUCACUUGAGAAUGAAUGCGUACACCGGCAAAGUACCAGUUGAACCUGAGACCAGCAUCUAUCUCCAGCGCCAGCCAUGUCUUCGCGUCCAAUGGAAGCCGGAUGUAUUGCGUCUCCAGCCAGGCUCUGAGAACGCUAUUCGAGAAUAUAUAUCCUCGUUUGCGUCUCAACAGUCAGACGAUCUAAACGAUACCGGGGUUCUCAUUGUGUUCGCGGCUCUACUUGACCUUUUUGGUCACAAGGUUCCUCGCAUGAGUGUACUGGAGCUAGGGAAAGAGUGCCAAUGGACGCCUAAAGAUUGUCAGCCAAUUUUGGGCAAGGAUACUGCGUUCCCGCGAUUCAGACUAUGGGAAGAUGGGAGACUUGGAGACGACAACAAGAUUGUCGUUGGCAACACCAAAAGCUCUGCUCCCUACGAUGUUGUUCAAAUUCCUCAUCUUUCCGUUUCGAAGGAACUAUGGGCAAAGGCUGCAGACGAGGUUAUCUCACUGGUUUCUUAUGAUGGUAUUAUCAUCACUCGUAGGACCAAAGACGCCGUUUCUGCACUUAAUGUUGCUGGCUUUGUGGCGCUGGAACUCCCGAAUGAGACCCUCGUCGCCGUGCGUAGCCCUAAGAAAACAUGGUUGGAAACAAAGGAAGUGGUCAUCGUCAAACCAAAAGAGGCCUCUCCCUUCAUCAACUCUCUGGCAACUGCGAUGGCGACUCAAUUAAAGAUGAAUGCCGGCGUUGCGCAGCUAAGAACAAUUACUAUUGACGACAUCGAGACCGUUAGUCUCAACGCUCAAGUUGUUUGCAUAUCGCUCCUGGAGAUGGAGCACGAGUUUCUCGCCACCAUCAGCAGCGAGGACAUGGACCGUUUCCGUAAGAUCACAGACAACGUCGGUGACCUCUUGUGGCUAACAGGAGCAAACAUGCUAUCUGCUCCCAACCCAGACCUUACCUUAUCAAGUGGUCUCUCCAGAGCCCUGAUGCUGGAGCAGCCAGCGCUGCGAUAUGCUGUUUUGGAUGUUGGAGCUGAUAUCUCCAAACCAAAUUCUUUGGAUUCUAUCUGUAGCAAUAUCUCGGCAGCCUUGACUUUCCGCUAUACCACAGAUGACAACGAAUUCAUUCAAAAAGAUGGCAUACUUUAUGUCAGCCGCUUCGCUCCCGACAUUGAACUCAAUGCUCUAUUCAGACAGCGUAUGACUCCUGAAGCGAUGAAGCUGGUGCCUCUGGGAGAAGUUGGCUCAGCCAAGCUGUCAAUUGGCCAAAUUGGCAUGACCGAUACCAUUCACUUCCAGCAAAUAUCAGAACGCAAGACAUCGCCUCCGCCCGGCCUUGUUGAUGUCGACCUCCGUGCUGUUGGUCUCAAUGCAAAGGACGUUUACGCUCUCAAUGGCCGUGCUGAAACACGAUCGGCUACAACCGCCCUGGAUUUUGGAGGUGUCAUCUCAGCUGUUGGACCCGAUAUCAAGCAUCUCAAGGUGGGAGACCGUGUGGCUGGCUUUAUUCCUAAUCAUUUCGGGACAACCGAGCGAGUCCCUGUGCAGGCAGUCCACAAGAUGCUGCCGGAGGAGGAGUUCACCGUCUUACCUACUCUUCUUACUGUUUACUGCACUGCCCUCGUUGCUCUCCGUGACCGAGCUCAUCUUCGCGCUGGAGAGUCCAUCUUGAUUCACUCUGGCGCCGGUGCCUUUGGUCUUGCAGCCAUCACCCUGGCUAAGCACAUGGGUGCUACAGUCUUUGCAACCGUCGGCUCACAGUCAAAACGUGAAUAUCUCGUCAAAGAGAUGGGUGUUCCAACUGAAAACAUCUUCAGCUCGCGCAAUGCCUCUUUCAUGAUGGACAUCGUAGCUGCCACUGGCGGCCGGGGUGUCAAUGUCAUUGUCAACUCCCUUGUCGGUGACUUGAUGCAUGCUUCUUGGUCCUGCAUUGCUGCUUUUGGACGUUUUGUAGAGAUUGGCAAGCGUGAACUCAUCGACGCAGGGAAACUGGACAUGCGUGUCUUCUUAAAGAAUGUGACCUUCACUGCCUUUGAUCUAUCAGAGUUCUUCUACGCCGAAGAUAGCUAUUACCAGGACGUUGUGUACGGUUACACCGCCGAAGUGGUUGAGAUGUACCGCGCAGGGAUCAUCAAGGCCUCUCCCAUCACAACCUUUGACGUUGCUGAGAUUGGUCACGCUUAUCGAUACUUUGGCAACAAAGAUCGAGUGGGCAAAGUUGUCAUUUCAAUGGAAAAUCCCAAGAGCCUUGUGCAAGCCGUGCCAGCGCCGUAUCAGUCCGUGUUUGACCCUGAAAAGACCUACUUGCUCGUAGGCUGCCUUGGUGGCCUCGGCCGCAGUCUCAGCCGCUGGAUGAUGGCUCGUGGUGCCCGCAAGUUCUGUUUCCUUGGGCGCUCAGGAUGUGAUAAACCCAGUGCUUCCGAGCUGGUGAACCGUCUCCGAUGUGCCGGCGCCAGCGUCACUGUUGUCCGCGGAGAUGUGUCUAAUGAAGAGCAAGUUCGUGAAGCUGUCGCAGCCUGUACCAAAGAGGGGCCCAUUGGUGGUGUUGUUCAAGCAGCCAUGGGACUCAGUGAAGCUUUGUUCUCUGUCAUGACCAAUAAAGCAUGGCACACCGGUAUCCAACCCAAGUGGAGAGGUUCCUGGAACUUGCACAACGCUCUUGAGGGUCAUGAUGCUGAUCUAGACUUCUUCCUUUUGACCUCAUCUAUAUCUGGUAGCUGUGGUACCGCCACAGAGAGUAACUACUGUGCUGCCAAUGGCUUCCUUGAUUCUUUUGCCAGGUGGCGCCGUUCUCAAGGCAAGCCUGCUGUGUCAGUUGGCCUUGGUAUGAUAUCAGAAGUUGGCUAUCUUCAUGAGAAUCCUGAGAUUGAGGCCAUGCUGCUCCGCAAGGGUAUCCAGCCGCUCAAUGAGGACGAAUUUCUUCAAAUCUUAGAUUACGGCAUAUCCGGUCCCGGCAGUGACGCUAAAUUUAUUCACGGAGUGCCCAUGGCCAGUGACUCUGCUCAUAUCCUGACAGGCUUGGAGUCCUAUGGUGUCCGCAAACUGAUGGCUCAGGGAUUUGAAGUCAACAACGGCGUCAUGGAUGAGUCUCGCACCUCUAUCCUUGCCGCAUCUCUGCUCUCGGAGGAAGAUGCCAAGGAAGAAGGAAAAGGCGUUGAUGCUAAUCUGCUCCUUACCGCUGCUGAAUGGGUCAAAGACAUACCCGCCAAUGCUCAUUCUAUGCUGAUGUCCGAAGCCAGUGCGCCUACGAUGUUGGAUGCUAUUCUGCGCCUCACCAAGAAGCGUUUCAGUAACUUGAUUCUGAUGCAGCUAGAUGCUGUGGAUGAUCGUGCUCCUCUCCCAUCAUUUGGUGUUGAUAGUAUGCUUGCUGCAGAGUUUAGGACUUGGUUCUUCAACACUUUCAAAAUCGAUGUACCAUUUCUCGAUAUAGUCAGUCCUCAGAAAUCUCUGCAGAUAUUGGCGGAAUUUGUUGAGGGAAAACUUGUUGCCAGCUGGGCAAAUUGA